AUGUACCUGAUCACUGUGCUCAGGAAUCUGCUCAUCAUCCUGGCCACAAUCUCAGACUCCCACCUGCACACCGCCAACCUGUCCUUUGCUGACAUCUGUUUUGUGUCCACCACUGUCCCAGAGAUGCUAAACAUGCAGACACAAAGCAAAGUCAUAUCCUAUGCAGGCUGCAUCACCCAGAUGUACUUUUUCUUGCUCUUUGUAGGAUUGGACAGCUUCCUCCUGACCGUGAUGGCCUAUGACUGGUUUGUGGCCAUCUGUCACCCCCUGCGCUACGCAGUCAUCAUGAACCCCAGGCUCUGUGCACUGCUUGUUCUGAUGUCCUGGCUCUUGGUUGUCUCCUUAUUUUAUUGUACAUGCCUAGGGGUGUACCUCAGCUCUGCUGCUACACACAAUUCACACUCCAGCGCAACAGCCUCGGUGAUGUACACGGCGGUCACUCCCAUGCUGAACCCCUUCAUCUACAGCCUGAGAAAUAAAGACAUAAAGAGCGCUCUGAAACAAUUUUUCAGAAUGAUGCAACGAAAGGGCCAUUUUUCAAGUUGUGCCAUUGAUUUCAGAGCUGAGAUGGAAUAG